CCUACGCGGCAAGCUCUGAUCAGAAAUCGCCUCCCCCCCACACAUUUAAUACCCGAUCUGCGUUGUCGAAAUUUCCACAAUCCAAUGAAGAUCCUCACCAAAGAAGAGGAAGAAAACCAUUAUCAAGCGGUCAUCAAAGGAGGGACCAGAUGGGGACUUACUGGCAUAACAAGUGGCACGAUAGCUGCAUCGAUUGCUAAUCGAUAUUGGUCCGGAUUUCGAAAUUUGACAUUACCAUUGAAAGCCUUUGCAGUCACAUCCCUUGGGACGUUUUCGUUGAUAAUCGGAGCAGAUAGAGCUUCUCGCGCGUACGAAGACAGCAAAUUUGAUCAUGAUCUGGAUGGACGUUGGAAUGACCAAAACUUGGAACAUCACUUAGGUCUCGAUGAUCAGGAUGAAGAUCAUCAUCGCAAGAAACUCGAUCGAUUCGAUGCAUUAAGCUCAAGAGAUAAACUUAUCGAAUAUCUCAAGGAGAAAAAAUAUGAAAUUGUCUUGGGCGGCUGGGCUGCUUCAAUGGUUGGUUCCUUUGGACUCGUGGCAGCGCAACCGAUGCCAUUUACGCAAAAACUUGUCCAAGCCAGAAUGUAUGCUCAAAGUUUGACGGUAGCGAUGAUUCUCGCAUCGGCUGGAUUGGCGAGUAUGGCGACUUCAAGUUCCAGUGAUGGGACAUCCGAACAAGCCUUACGAACCAAUUCAAUGUACAAGUUUAAAAAAGGAUCUCCUCAUGAGCUCCGUGAACAAGAACUCAAAGACUCCAAGAUCCGCCAAACUUCUUGAAGGCUCUCAUUGGAGAAGGUCCUGGCUCUCCUUUGCUCAUUGUAUGUUUUAAAACCCUUUGUCGGUUACUAUUACUUAAAGGUACUUCUGUAACUCUUUUUAUUAUCAAGCAUUAAUCGUCACUUCUCAAGUCUUAUCUCGUCCACUUUAGAUCUAUUUUCCGCAUCGAAUAUCCCCAAUCAUUCUGAAACAACGUUUUAUGUUGGGCCUAUCAUCCGGUACAUAGCUCCCUUAUCUUAAAUGCUCUUAGCUCUCAUUGUUUAAAGUUUUCACAGAGUCCCGGCAUUCAUUUUUCCUAACUUGCAUACAUAUAUCAAUUGUUUUAUCUGUUUAUUUCAAAGGAAGGCGUAGCCACCUGUAUAGCUCAAUUCUGCAACCGGUCCUGCAAGAAGCCAGCCCAUUUUAUCCGAGCUUGAUUGUGUUUGAUUGUUUUUCCGGCAUCAUGGUGUUUCCUUCCUCCGAAGUUAAUUGUAUGCAAAUUGGAAUCAAUAUUCAGUUAGUUUUACUAAAUUAUCGGGAUCUAAGAACAUGAAUUAUGUAGGUGGUCAAAUCUAGUUACUUGUGUGACGCGCAUUAAUGAUUGGUAAUGAAUUAAGAAAAGAUUUUUUUUUGGCAAAG